AUGUGUUCUGAAACCUUCAUUACAAAAGACUCGAACGAACCAUCAUUCGCUCUCGUGCUGUCAGUCCUGAGGAAACUAAGAUCCAGCAUGGACAGAAUGUCAUCAAGCAUGACUUCGAGCAUGACCGGCAUGGGACUUGGGGGCAUCACGGGACUGACGACCGGGAUAAGCACGUUGAGCUGUGUUAGAGAGCAGCAAAUUACGAUUGGUGGCAUGCCAUCUAAUUACGUACCGGGGCUGUCGGCCUCAUAUAACAUCUCGAGUUUUUGCCACCGUCCAGGACAAACGCGCAGGUGCCCCAUGCAACGCCCUGGACCUUCCGCCCAACAUCGUCCAGGACGCUCGCACAGUACUGGGGCGUUGCACCGCAUGAAGCAUUCGUCCCGGAACAGCCCCAAUACUCAGUAUACGCACAACCUUAUUUGUAAGUUGGCUGAUCAAAAUGAACGCCGACGUCGACAUGACACCAUGGAAAUGAUACCGCAGAACUUUUACUCGCAACAGCCACUUAAAGUGGAACUGACUGAAUUCUACUCUAGGGACAAUUCUAAGGACCAUCAUACAGAGCAAUAUGAACUUGUCAAUGAUAACGUUUUGCCGAAUCCGGUGUUGCGACGUGGGCAAAACUUUUUCUUUGCCGUCCGCUUCGACAGGACGUACGACAAGCAACAGGAUGUGAUCCGCAUCGUAUUUUGUUUAGGUCCAAAGCCCAGUGUUACAAAAGGAACACGAGUUGUACUGUCUGUGAACUUGAACACCCAGCAGGGCGUCUUCCAACAUUCGCGUGACAUGAUGGGGUUGGGGAUGGCGAGAAUGCAAGAAACGAGCACAACAAUGGCCCCCAUCGGAUCUAUGUGCGGCAUGAGCACAAUAGGCACGAUUACCACUAUUGGUACUAUGAGCCCGAUGAGUGGCAUGCGAGAAACUACAACAUACGGCGUGAGACGUAGUUCUUUUGGCAAUGAGACGAUGCCGGCACAGCAUAGUCCGCUCAGUCCUCCUGGGCCCAUGGAGCGUCCAAUAAUUGAGCGGUACAGUGCAACAGCUCAGCACGCAUCAUUUGGGCGCAGUUAUGGCUCGCAACACGGGUCACGUCAUGGGUCCAUGCAAAAUCUGGCUAUUAAUACUAGUAGCCAUGAAAUGGACAAAUGGGACAUAAGCGUUCAGCGGCAAGAUGGAAAUACGAUCACCUUUCAGGUGCACGUUCCAGCUAACGCACCGGUCGGUGUGUGGAACUGCUGGGUUCAAACGCACCGCACCGGUCAACGCGACAACCGCCAUGAUUACAAAUGCGACGAGGAUAUAUACAUUUUAUUCAAUCCGUGGUGCCGAGAUGACACAGUUUACAUGGAUAACGAUGCUUUUAGAAAAGAAUAUGUUCUUAAUGAACAAGGUAAGAUCUGGUGCGGAACCUGGCGCCAACCGAAAGGCCGCAAAUGGAUUUACGGACAAUUCGACGACGUCGUCCUCCCUGCUUGUAUGUAUUUAUUGGAGCGCAGUGGGCUUGAACACUCGGAGCGCGGUAAUCCAGUUCGUGUAUCCAGAGCUAUUUCUUCAAUUAUUAAUGCAAACGCUGAUGAUGACGGCCUUAUGGUUGGUCGUUACGACGGAGAGUAUAAAGAUGGUGUGUCUCCACAUGCCUGGACUGGCUCCGUUGCUAUCCUCGAACGUUACCUUACGGACGGUGGCCGGCCCGUCGAAUAUGGCCAAUGCUGGGUAUUCUCCGGACUGGUCGUUACUAUUUGCCGCGCUCUUGGAAUUCCUUGCCGUUCUGUUACCAAUUACGUAUCGGCGCACGAUACGAACCGCACGUUCACGGUUGACAAAUACUUUGACCGCGAUGGUAACGAAGUACCUAACGGCCCCGACGAAGAUUGCUUUGACUCGUGUUGGAAUUUCCAUGUUUGGAACGACGUUUGGAUGCAGAGGCCAGAUUUGCCUCAAGGGUACAGCGGUUGGCAAAUUAUUGAUGCAACACCGCAAGAGGAAGCCGAAGCAGUGUACCAUUGUGGCCCUGCCAGUGUUGAGGCGGUGCGCAGAGGUGAGGUUGGGUUCCAAUACGAUACCCCGUUCAUGUACGGCCAGCUCAACGCCGAACUAUGCCACUUCCAAGAGGAAGAAAACUCCGACUGGGGCUUUAUUAGGAUGGCGUCUAAUCAGUGCCAAGUUGGGCGCAAAAUCCUCACCAAGAAUCCGAGUCGGGAUGACGAUGAGGGUGAAAGCGAUUUGCUUGAGAUCACCCAUGAAUAUAAAACCGCUGACAGUUCCUGUUCUGAACGAGGUGCCGUUAUAGCUUCGUGCCGUGGCUACCAGCGGCUGCAGCAGUAUUACGAUUAUCCAGACCGUAAUGCCGAAGAUGUAUACUUCGACCUAAUGGAUAUCGACAUUGUACCGUAUGGUCAGCCAUUUGAUUGUACAAUGAACAUUCAGAACAAAUCCCAUGAGGACCGUACCAUUUUGUGCGUGCUGACUGCUUCGGCUUGCUAUUACACUGGCGCUAUCGCGUCUAGACUUCGACGAGCUCAAGGGGAGUUCAUUGUUCGGGCUGGUCAGCGCGAGGUUCUCAAGCUGCAUGUAACGGCGCAGGAGUACAUGGAUAAGUUGGUGGACCAUUCGAUGGUGAAGGUCCACGCUAUGGCCUAUGUGAAACAAACUCGACAGGCGUGGUCUGACGAGGACGACUUCCCGCUACAGAAACCGAGGAUGCAAGUACAGGUUAGGAGCCAACCGUGCGUAGGCCAGGAGUGUACCGUUACAUUCAGCUUCCAGAAUCCGUUGACCGUCCAUCUGACCGACUGCUACUUUACCGUAGAAGGGCCUGGUGUACAAAGGCCGCGGCAGAUACGUUUCCGCGACGUGAAGCCCGGCGAGUUCGUGAACUACCAGGACAAGUUGGUGCCGCGCCGCAGCGGCGAGCGGCGCAUCGUGGCCACUUUCUCGUCGCGCCAGAUCGACGAGAUCUUCGGCUGUGCGAGCGUCAAUGUGCGCGGC